AUGAAGAUGAUCAUCCUAAUACUGACUAUUAUAAGUACAAUCAAUUGUGAAGUGCUGAACUUGACGUGUACACAAAUCCGUGAGUUUGUGGACGGUCACAACGAACGGCGACUUCAAUUAGCGCAGGGCAUAGUUCACGGACACCCGCCCGCCUCAUUGAUGAAGAAAAUGGUGUGGGAUGAGGAGUUAGCUAAGAAGGCGGCGGAGUGGCUUUCUAAACAAGAUACAUUGGAUGUUUAUGAACACAAUCCAGACAGGACUAUACCAUCAGGCAGAUUCGAUACAAACGAGAAUUUAUUCUGGUAUUCCACCACGGACUCCAAGUACGUAAUACAUCCUAAGAUCAUCCUCGACAACUGGUUCGAUGAGAACAAGAACUAUACGUUCGGACCUAUGAACUCGGAACAUUUUAAAGUACAAAAUGUCGGGCAUUAUACUCAGAUGGUGUGGUCAGACACGGACCACCUCGGCUGCGCUAUCUCAAAAAACUCGAAAAACAAAUGGCAGAAGUUUUUAGUUGUGUGUAACUAUGGACCCCAGGGUAAUUACUUGGGAAGUGAGCCAUACGCGACGGGUCGAGCUAGCGGCAAGCUGUCAUGCGACAAGAUUGGGUGCAAAUGGCCUUAUGGGAAGAAAUGUCAACGAUAGGCGUCAACGGUUAUUAUAUAAGAUUUUUAUUUAUAUUAAUGUGUUUGUGUCAGUUUUUUUAUUAUUCUGGGUGUGAAAUGUUUGCCUGAUAAAACGUAAAUAUUUUGUUAAAGUAUGAUUUUAUAUUAAAUAUUUGUUACUACAUGGUACUUAUGAAUUAUUUCGUAAAAGUGUUGUCCA